AUGUCCUCCGGAUUCGUAUCAGCCGGAACAGACCAAGAGCCGGUAGAACGCGACGAUGAAUGGCUCCGCGCCCAACAAGAACUGGAGGAAGAACGGCGGCGCAAGGCAGAACUAGGCAAGCAAGCCGAUGGCAAAAGUCUCUACGAAGUGCUACAGCAGAACAAAAUGGCCAAACAGGAAGCCUUUGAGGAGAAAAUUAAAUUGAAGAAUCAGUUCCGUUCGCUUGACGAGGAUGAGGUCGAGUUCCUGGAUUCGAUUAUGGAGUCGACCCGCGCGCAGGAGGCCGCUGUGAAGAAGGAAACUGCUGAGCAGCUUGAGGCUUUCCGGCGACACCGGGAGGAGGCGGAAAAGGUUGCACUUGAGGAGGGCACUGCGGAUGUUACUCCCGCUGCUGAGGGGGAGGAUUGGAAGAUCCCUGCGCGUAAGCGGAGGAGGGAUAAGAAGGAUCUUUUGCUUCCUGGGAAGAAGCGCAAGUCUACCGCUGAAGGUGCGGAAGAGACUCUGUCGACUGGGGAGCAGAAGGUGGAUCAAAAGGACAAAGAUUCCGGAAAGGAUGAAAAGCAGUCUGUUCCGGCUCCGGCUGAUGCUGCUAAAGUUAAGUCACAGCCACCUGUGAACACUGCAACUUCUGCUAGCCCCGUACAGGCCAAUGAUGUGAAGGAGAUUGAGAAGAAGCAGGCGCCCAAGCCAGCUUCGAUAUCUCUUGGCCUGUCCGGCUACAGUUCCGACUCUGAGUAA